AUGCCGAUUCUUAUUCGCAACGGGACCAUUGUCAACGACGAUCAGAUAUUCAAGUCUGAUGUUCGUGUUCACGAUGGGACCAUUGUAGAAAUUGCGCCAACCCUAACGCCAAUCGAUGGUGAAGAAAUUGUGGAUGCCACCGAUCGAUUGGUGAUCCCUGGUGGAAUCGAUCCCCAUACUCAUAUGCAAAUGCCUUAUAUGGGUGAGGUCACGAAAGAUGACUUCCUUUCGGGGACGCAGGCUGCCGUCGCAGGCGGAACCACAAUGAUCAUUGAUUUCUGUUGUCCAAAUCAUCGAAAUGGCGAAUCGUUGAUGGAUGGCUACAAGAAAUGGCGAAGCUGGGCUGAUCCAAAAGUAGUUUGUGACUACGGUUUAUCGGUGGCGAUCACCAUGUGGCGUCCGGAGACCGCUGAACAAAUGGCGAUCAUCACCAGCAAGGAAUAUGGUGUGAACUCGUUCAAAUUCUACAUGGCUUAUGAGGGAACUCUGAUGGUCCGAGAUGAUGAACUAUACAGGGGAAUGCAGGAGUGCGCCAAACUUCGAGCACUACCAAGGGUUCAUGCCGAAAAUGGGAUGGUGAUCAAAGAGAGGGAAAAAGAUUUGCUGGCGAUUGGGGUGACCGGGCCAGAGGGGCACACGCAAGCACGACCCGAAGAGAUCGAAGCUGAAGCUACUAAUCGAGCUUGCACUCUUGCCCAACAGGCAAAUUGUCCGUUGUACGUGGUUCACGUGAUGACACGCGGGGCGGCUGCAGUCAUUUCCCAACAUCGCAGCCAAGGGAAUGUGGUGUUCGGUGAGCCGAUCGCCGCUGGCCUUGCGCUCGAUGGAUCGCAUUAUUAUCAUGAAGACUGGCUUCACGCGGCUCGCUAUGUCAUGUCGCCGCCACUCAGCCGAGAUCCGACAACUCCGGAACUUUUGAUGAAGCUUAUUGCCGCAGGCGAGCUUCACCUCAUCGGAACCGAUAAUUGCACGUAUGAUUGUCGUCAGAAGUCUCUCGGAAAAGGGGAUUUCACGAAAAUCCCCAACGGGAUCAAUGGAGUCGAAGAUCGAAUGUCGAUUGUUUGGGAGAAGGGUGUUCAUAGUGGGCUCAUCGAUCCGAUGAGAUAUGUGGCGGUGACGAGUACGACGGCCGCCAAGAUCUUCAAUAUUUAUCCGAAGAAGGGACGAAUCGCGGUUGGAUCGGAUGCCGAUAUUGUGGUGUUCAAUCCAAACAAGACGCGAAAAAUCUCGAAGAACACACAUCACCAUAAUCUUGAUUUCAACAUUUUCGAGGGAAUCGAGUGCCACGGAGUGCCGGAGGUCACAAUUUCAAGAGGAAGAAUUGUUUGGGCAAACGGCCAACUCCACACGACGCCGGGCGCCGGCAAAUUCGUGCACUUGCCGGUGAACUCGCCCAUCGUAUAUGGCUCCUAUGAGAAGCGGGCCGAGGUUUCAACCAGCUUCUUCUGA